CAACUCACAGCCCCACAAAGGGAAUCAAUAUUAGAGUGCGUGGCUUGUUUCUCUGAACUUUCCAGAUGGCUAUUGUUCUAACUUGUCAAGAUGCGUGGACCUGGACAAACAAACAAUGACGUCGAGCAUGAAAACUCAUGAUGCUCAUGUAAUCAUGCAACGACUUCUGCCGAUUGCACUGAAAGAGAUGCUUCCUGCAAACGUCUGGGGUUGUAUUACCGAAAUCAGUCAAUUGUUUCAGUCGAUAUGUUCCGCCGUUUUGGAUGUCGAAUCCCUGAGGAGACUAGAAGACAUUGUUCCUAUUCUGAUGUGUAAUCUGGAAAAGAUACUGCCCCCAUCAUUUUUUGAUGUAAUGGAACAUCUUCUAAUACAUCUUCCGUAUGAGGCUUUGAAUGGAGGGCCCGUCUUCUAUCGUUGGAUGUACAGAUUUGAAAGAUUUUUGGGAGAUUUGAAAAAGAAAGCGAGCAACAAGGCACACAUUGAGGCUUCAAUUUGUCAAGCAUAUAUUCAACAAGAAACCUCAACGUUUUCAUCUUUUUAUUUUGAGUGUGAAGUCAUCAGUAAAAGAAAGAGACCUGCUCGGAACGAUGACAUUGA